ACAUUAUUAAAAAUAUAACGCGAUAACGGCGCAUUUGUAUCCUCACCUGUCACCUCACAAGGGUAAACCGGUUCCUUACCGGAACAUCAGCAUGGUACUAUCUUGUUUGGUACCAAAAUUAUCCGAAACUGAAAUUUGUUGCAAUACUAACACCAUAGCUAUGUGCUUUUUGAUGAUAGGGUGCGUCUCUGUCUCAAGUUAAGUUUGCUCACUUUGCAUACCCAAUUGCGGUAACAGGUUCAAACACUAUCAUCUACCCUUCAAUGUGGUUGUUCUGAAUUUCAAUCUCUCCUUUUGUUUAUUUUUAUUAUUGUUGCUGGACUCUAUGGCCGUAUUAGUACUGUGUUCCUCAAACAUGUGUUGCAGCAGUGUGUCAUAUUGUGGUGCUUUGUCUGAUACCAGUGUCUAUGUUCUAAACAAUAAUGGGUUCUUAGGAGGAACCAGUUUUGUCAAAAUGAAGACCUUGCCAAAUGGGUCUUUGAUAAAUUGGAAGAAACAUGGAAAAAGGCAAGUGGGUCUUCGUGCCUUUGAGACAAAAUGUUGCCACGAGGUGGUUGUGGUAAAUGGCAAGGGCAAAAGUAGAGUGUCUUCUGAAGAGGUUAUUGGUGUUCUGAAGUCUAUUUCAGAUCCAAAUUCUGCUCUUUCCUACUUUAAGACGGUUUCCCAGUUGCCUAAUCUUGUACAUACCACUGAAACAUGCAAUUACAUGCUUGAGUUCUUGAGGGUUCAUGGGAGGAUUGAGGAUAUGGUUUUUGUCUUUGAUUUGAUGCAAAAACAAGUAAUUAAUAGGAGUUCCAAUACAUACCUGAUUAUUUUUAAGGCUCUUUCGGUUAAAGGUGGGAUUCGACAAGCGCCAUUUGCGCUUGGAAAGAUGAGGCAAGCUGGGUUCAUCUUGAAUGCGUAUUCAUAUAAUGGACUGAUUCAUUUCCUCCUUCAACCAGGCUUUUGUAGAGAGGCUUUGAAGGUUUACAAAAGAAUGAUCUCAGAGGAGAUGAAGCCUAGCAUGAAGACAUACUCAGCGUUGAUGGUAGCAUUGGGGAGGAGAAGGGAUACUGGAACCAUUAUGGAUUUAUUGGAAGAGAUGAAAGCUUUGGGUUUGAGGCCAAAUAUCUACACAUAUACCAUAUGCAUUAGAGUUCUGGGGAGGGCAGGGAGAAUUGAUGACGCAUAUGGGAUUUUUAAAAAAAUGGAUGAUGAAGGAUGUUGCCCUGAUGUUAUCACUUAUACCGUUCUAAUUGAUGCGCUCUGUGCUGCAGGGAAACUUGAUAAAGCCAAAGAAUUAUACAUAAAGAUGAGAGACAGCAGUCAAAAGCCAGAUCGGGUAACAUACAUCACUUUAAUGGAUCACUUUAGUAACUACGGUGACUUGGAAAUGGUGAAAAGAUUCUGGAGUGAGAUGGAGGCUGAUGGUUAUGCUCCUGACUUAGUUACCUACACUAUACUUAUUGAGGCUUUAUGCAAGUCCAGGCAGGUUGACCAGGCAUUUUCUAUGCUAGAUGUGAUGACAAUGAAAGGAAUUUUUCCAAAUCUUCAUACUUACAACACGUUGAUCUCUGGACUUCUGAAUCUGAGAAGAUUAGAUGACGCAUUAGAACUUUUCAACAAAAUGGAAUCUUUGGGAGUUGACCCUACUGCUUAUUCAUAUGUUCUUUUCAUUGACUAUUAUGGAAAGACUGGUGAUCCUGGAAAAGCGCUUGACACCUUUGAAAAAAUGAAAAAGAGAGGCAUUGUGCCAAGUAUAGCAGCAUGUAAUGCAUCUUUAUAUAGUCUUGCUGAAAUGGGUAGGAUCGGAGAAGCAAAAGAUAUAUUCAACGAUCUUCACAAUUGUGGGCUUUCACCAGAUUCAGUAACCUAUAACAUGAUGAUGAAGUGCUACAGCAAAGCAGGGAAAAUAGACACAGCCAUAAAACUUUUGGCUGAGAUGAUAAGUGAAGGGUGUGAACCAGAUAUAAUUAUAGUUAAUUCUUUAAUUGACACACUUUACAAGGUUGACCGAGUUGAGGAGGCAUGGAAAAUGUUUGGGAGACUGAAGGAUUUGAAGCUAUCUCCUACAGUUGUGACAUACAACAUUUUACUUACUGGUUUAGGGAAAGAGGGAAAAAUCCUAAAGGCCCUUGAUUUAUUUGGGAGUAUGAAAGAGUCUGGAUGCCCUCCAAACACGAUAACUUUUAACACACUCCUUGAUUGUCUUUGCAAGAAUGAUGCAGUUGAUUUGGCCUUGAAAAUGUUCUGUAGAAUGACAAUGACGAACUGUAGCCCUGAUGUUCUGACAUAUAACACUAUCAUCUAUGGCUUGCUCAAAGGAGGCAGAACUGGUUAUGCAUUCUGGUUUUACCAUCAGAUGAAGAAAUUUCUCUCUCCUGAUCUUGUAACUUUGUGCACCCUCCUUCCUGGUGUUGUAAAGUAUGGAAGGGUUGAGGAUGCAAUCAAGAUUGUCACGGAAUUUGUACAUCAGUCAGGUUUACAAAUUGGCAAUCAAUUCUGGGGAGAAUUAAUGGAAUGUAUUCUAAUUGAAGCAGAAAUAGAAGACGCCAUUUCAUUUGCGGAAAGAUUCGCAUGCAACUCUAUCUGCCAACAUGAUGAUGUGAUAUUACCUCUUAUUAGAGUCCUUUGUAAGCGGAACAAGGCUGUUGAUGCUCAAAAUUUGUUUGACAAAUUCACCAAAACUUUGGGAAUUCAUCCAACCCCAGAAUCCUAUAACUGCUUGAUGGAUGGGCUUCUUGGAUGUAAUAACACCAAAACAGCUUUAAAACUUUUUGCAGAGAUGAAGGAUGCUGGUUGUUGCCCAAAUAUUUUCACUUACAACUUGUUGCUUGAUGCUCAUGGAAAAUCUAAGAAGAUUAAUGACCUUUUUGAACUGUACAAUGAGAUGCUCUCUAGGGGAUGUAAGCCUAAUGCUAUAACCCAUAAUAUUAUCAUCUCUGCCCUUGUGAAAUCUAAUAGCUUAGAUAAGGCAUUAGAUUUAUAUUAUGAACUCGUAAGUGGUGAUUUCUCUCCCACUCCUUGUACAUACGGCCCUCUUUUAGACGGUCUUUUGAAGGCUGGAAGAUCAGAGGAAGCAAUGAAAAUUUUUGAGGAGAUGUCAGACUAUCAAUGCAAGCCCAACUGUGCUAUUUAUAAUAUUCUCAUCAAUGGAUUUGGGAAAGCAGGUAACAUUGAUUUUGCUUGUGAUUUGUUCAAAAGGAUGGUUAAAGAAGGAAUAAGGCCAGACUUGAAGUCUUAUACCAUUCUUGUAGAAUGUCUGUGCUUGACUGGUAGAGUUGAUGAUGCUGUGCAUUACUUUAAGGAACUGAAGUUAACUGGCCUUGAUCCUGAUACAGUUUCUUACAAUCUUAUGAUCAACGGGCUUGGAAAAUCCUGUAGGUUGGAGGAAGCUCUUUCUCUUUUAAGUGAAAUGAAGGAUAGGGGAAUUUCUCCUGAUCUAUAUACUUACAAUGCGUUGAUUUACCAUUUUGGAAAUGUUGGAAUGGUGGAGCAAGCCGGAAAGAUGUACGAGCAACUGCAACUUAUGGGUCUUGAACCUAAUGUCUUCACUUAUAAUGCUCUCAUUCGUGGACAUAGUGUGUCAGGAAAUAAAGAUCGAGCCUUUUCUGUCUUCAAGAAUAUGAUGGUUGUGGGGUGUAGCCCCAAUGCAGAAACAUUUGCCCAGUUGCCUAAUAAAUGUUGAUUUUACAGUUAUGUCAUGGGACCAUUUCUUAUGUUCCUGAUCUCAAAAGGGAGGCAUUAAGGGACACUGCCUUGUUGCCUAAACAAUUUCAGAGAUGAGAUAUGUACUCAGCUGGCAUGUGAUUUUGUGCACAUUAUUCACUUCAUUCUGGAAAUUCCUGCUGAUUGAUGGUGACAACUAUUAUUUGUGUAAAAAUUGUUUUCGUGGUACUAUCCAUGAUUUUUAAGGACCAAUUCUUUCCAAAAGACUAUUUGUGCAGUAAUACAGAUCAUGUAACGCAAAGUAAUGUGAAAAAUGAAGGGGUAUUGUAUUGGAUAUAGUUUCAUUAAAUCUCCAAGGGUGUAAUGCACGAAUUUCACUACUAUAUGCUUUUGCCUGAUAAUAGAGAAAGGAGGUGGAAGUGUAAUGGAAAAAGGGGGAGAAAGAAAUUGAGGCGUGAGAUCACACCACGCCAAGAGUUAAACCAACGAUGAAAUGUAUAAAACAUACGGAUACCUAAAGUUAACACCAAGAUUUGUAUAAAAAUGCUUGAGCUUCUACAACCCUAACAUUCCAAAAGUUUAUUGCCAAGUACCACAUUUUAUUUUUAAAAAUUAAAAACUAUU